GUGUCGUUGAUAUGAUUGUUUGUGCUAUCCUUUUUACCUGUACGGUUCUAGUUAUUAAAAUCAUUGAGAGAAUUUAUCUCAAUACAAUCUACUUAAAGUAGUAAGAAAGAAAGUACAUUUUACUUCUAUGGCGUUCAGUGUGAUUAGAUUAGGAAAAAUUUGCCGCUUUUGCUUACGCCGGGAUGGGUUGAUGGAUUUACGGAAAGCAACAAGUUCUGACUUUACUGUACAGGACGUUCUACAUUAUACUGGCAUACAGCUCUAUUUCCUUAUGUUUUGCAGUUCUCGGAAGCAGAAACCACUGCAGCAUAUGCUAUUUGCCUUGAAUGCUGUAUAACGAUAAAGAAUUCGGUUAGUUAUCGGCGCAACUGUUUGAAUAACGAUGUAACAUUCAAAAGGCUUAUUGCUGUACUCGAUAAGAGUGGUCCAGACAAACACCUCCAAGACCAAGGAAAAACAAUGAGCUGUUCAAUCCAAAUGGAUAGCAUAAGCCAACAUAGCAAAAAUGCAUAUAAGCCGGAAAAUGCGUGUGAUGAUGCGGGCGUUGUUACACUGGACGAUUCCGACUCAAAUGACUCUAUACUAUCUCUCCAUGGGGAAAGUUUGCAAGUAACGCCCAAGGGUGCAAUUGCUUGCGAAUUGUAUGCUGUCGACGAACAAUGUGCUUCAGGAAACAUUAUUACAAAAGAGUUCCCGAACAUGGUAAACGAGAAUAAUUAUAUUCAAUUUAGCGAUUCUGAUGAUUCGAUGCCUUCUCUCUACGGCGAAGCUAUGUCAGAAGCCUUAAGUGAUAAACUGUUAGCCGAUUCAAGUGUACAUCGUUUAAAACAUUCUACCGAAGAUAGUGGAAUAAGGGAGACCCCGACGAGCGUCGUUGAAGAGACUGAACGAGUCAUUGUGCCUAAUCCAGUAGAACAUAAUCAAGUUUCAUCGGAUGGCAAUGCAUCUGAUGAUUCCAUGCGUUCGCUAUAUGAGGAAGUUAUGGAGGGUACAGAAAAAGCGAAAGCGAAGCCGAACUUAGAUAAUAUAUCUCAUCUGUGUCCCAUAUGUGGGCUUCAGUUCCGCGAAUUAACGAACCACUUAAAUAGGUCGCAUAAUCAUGAAAAAAAUUUCGCUUGUACACAUUGUCCAAAAAAGUUUAAAGAUAACUUUACUCGCAAACUACACAUCAAUACAUGGCACGAGAAGCGCAUAAUUCUCACAUGCGAACACUGCGGACAAGGAUUCACUAAUCAUAGCAGUCACUUUUAUCAUAUAAAAAAUUCCCACGGGAAAAGCGACGUAUAUGAGUGCGAAACAUGCCACAGGAAGUUCAAAUCUAUUGAUGGAUAUAACAAACAUCUAAAACAACAUUCGUUAACAGUACAUUCUUGCCCGCAUUGCGAUAAGCUGUUUAAGACGACGACGACACUUGAGAAACAUCAACGACGAUAUCAUGCUGCGUGAAAAAAACAUAGAUUUUUGUUUAUAAAAAACAUUUAUUUAAGCGUG